AUGGCUUCUGGACGUACUUUCAAGCUUAACACUGGUGCUGAAAUCCCAUGUCUCGGUUUGGGCACUUGGCAAUCCAAGCCCAAUGAAGUCUACCAAGCCGUUUUGACCGCUCUCAAGGCAGGUUACCGCCAUAUUGACACUGCCUUUGUUUAUGGUAAUGAGAAGGAAGUGGGUCAAGCUCUUAAGGAUAGUGGUGUCCCCCGUAAGGAGAUCUUCCUUACCACCAAGCUCUGGAACACCUCCCAUCGUCCUGAUCUUGUUGCCAAGGCUUUGGAAACCUCGCUUGCCAACUUGCAGACUGAUUAUCUCGAUCUUUACUUGAUGCACUGGCCUGUUGCCUUUGCUGAGUCCCAGGAUUUGGCACCCAAGGAUGCUGAAGGCAACAUUCAAUUUGAUUCCACCCCCUUCACCGAGACUUAUGCCGCCAUGGAAAAGUUGGUUGGUGACAAGGUCCGUGCUAUCGGUGUUAGCAACUUUAACGUCAAAAAGUUGGAGGAAUUGAUCAAAUCGGCAAAGAUUGUUCCCGCUGUCAACCAGGUUGAAUUGCAUCCUUACCUUGCCCAAAAGGAGUUGCUUGAAUUCUGUGGCAAGAAUGGUAUCCAUGUUACUGCUUACUCUCCUUUGGGUAGCACCGAUUCUCCUUUGAUGAAGGAUGACCAAGUGGCUGCUAUUGCUAAAAAGUACGAUGCUUCUCCCGCUCAAGUUCUUCUUGGAUGGGGCAUUCAACGUGGUACCUCUGUGAUCCCCAAGAGUGUCACUGACUCCCGUAUCAUUUCCAACUUCCAAGAUGUGCAAUUGUCGGAUGAAGAUUUCAACAAGCUCAACUCCCUUGUCACUGAAUCCAAGCGUCUCAUUAACCCCAAGUCUUUCUGGGGUGUUGAUGUCUUUGACGAUGACCAGUAG